UGUGCCUUCCUAAAUCCAUCCCCAUUGUUGUUUUGUUGAUAUGACGUGAGAUUGUUUCUGUUAUUAUUGAGAUGUCAAGAAGAUCUCUGUGCCUUAUUGUGCCUCUAAUCUAUUAUUAGAAAUUAGAAUCUUUCUCAGUGACACAAUAACUUUUGUGGUUGGAGGAUCAAGACAGAAACAGAUAGUUAUUCCUGUGGCGUUCUGUAUAAGACAUGCAGCUUCAGAGAGCUUGUGUUGUUUCUCUGUCAGCCUUCCUUCCCCUAUCUUUUGGAUGUUGUGUAAAUGUGUUUGACCCCCAGCCCCUUUCCGCCUGGUCUGAUUAGAGGGAGGGAGUUUGAUGGUUCGAGGCGAGCACUCUGCUCAUACGAGGCCUCGCUGAGUCUCUUUCUCUGCAUUAUGUCAUAAUGGAGCCCUGGAAUAGUAUCUUCUGCUGCUGCGUGGAGAAAUACAGAGCGAACUUUGAACUCUAUUGGUCAGCUGCCUGGAGAUAAGGAAGGUAGCGGGGAACGGGUUUAGAGAGGCCGCCACACGACAAGCAGGACAACACGCGACACGUCAGCUGGAGACACAGUUCUGUACCACACCGGAGGACCGACAGGAGAACUGGCAGGUGUACUGGCUUUUAGUGUGUUCUCUGAUGUGCGACAAUAACCCCUAUACAGGAGAAUACAUGGUAUACACCACUUGGGAAAACAUUGAAGAUCUUGAGAGGAGGGAUAUAAAGAAAAGUCCUAAAGGAGGGAUCAGUGUUCCCUGGCACAGGCUAAUGUUUGAUGGAUUCUACGCUCUCCUCUGCCCUGAAGCCAAACCCUACAGGAACAACCCCACAGUCCCGGAUCUGAGAACAGUAGUGGGACACACACCCCAAACGGAGCUUGGAGCCCAUUGUCAUGGCAAUGACGGCCCUGUUCAGGGGCAAAUGGGGUCAAAAGUCACAGGAGCCCCCUGAGAAGCGGCCCGCAGCGCCGGUGCACUCCAGAAAUCACGAGGAGGAUGAGGAGGAUGACAGGGUCAUCGCCCCCAUCCGCAGGAACUCCCGUUUCUACCGUUCCAUGAGGAAGAAGAGGCUGGCCGCGUCAGAACAACCUGAAAGCCCUGCAGUCUCUCUGAGGCCUGGCCCAGAGCCCAGCCCAGCCAGCAGGUCAGGCAGCAGCACCCUCAGUGUCCCUGAUCUCCAGAAACCUCCCCUAUCUCCCCGGGCACGACGUAUGCCAACAUCUCCUCGUCCACUCCAUUCUGGAACUGUGUUGCCAAGCAACGGGGAGCCCAGGAGCCCACACAUACUUUCUAGCGGGGCUUCUUCCCCUCUUUGGAUGAGGAGCGGAGAAGGAGGGAGGAAGAGCGCAGAUGCUUCUCCAGCUAGCGGUCAGUGUGGAGGGGGUUCCACUUCCUUCUCCUCUGUUUCUAGCGCUCUGUUGUAUCGGACACAUGGCAUGCACGCACACACUGAAGACAUGGAGAGCCUCUCAGAACGCACCGCCGCCUGCUCUGUACGGGAGCCCGGAGGGGGGACACAGUCACCGCAACCAGCGGAAGAGGGGGUCGACGUAGAGGGAGUCAAACUCAGCAAUGGGGAAAGAAAGGGCUCAACACCAUUGAAAAUAGAAUCCAUCUGCUACAGUCUCAACAUUGUCAAGAACAUUGCCUUCCUGUACCAGGAGUACCGGGACACAUCCAAGCAGCAGGAGAUCGAGCAGCGACGGCAGCAGGAAGGGUUGACCUAUGGGGUCAGCGCGGGGUUAGGGGUGACGUCCCCACCAGCCCUGCAGCUGCAGUUGAGGAACAACUCCCGCUCUCUGAGUCUGUGGCAGAACCUGGAGGUUGUGCAGCAGAGCGGCCUACUCACGCAGCUACUGCAGAGAGAGAUCAUCAUACAAGAGGCCAUGUUUGAGCUGGUAACCUCAGAGGCGUCCUACUACAAGAGUCUGGAGGUGCUGGAGACCCACUUCCUGAAGAACCCUGUGCUGGUCAACACACUCAGCCAAUCAGACAUGCACUUCCUGUUCUCCAACAUUGAGGAGGUGAUGAAGGCCAGUGAGAGGUUCCUGAUGGACCUGGAGAACCGCAUCGAACAGUCCCUCCAGAUCUCAGAGGUGUGUGACAUCGUCCAUCACCACGCCGUCAAGCACUUCCACGUCUUUAUCACCUACGUCAUCAACCAGGUGUAUCAGGAGAAGAACUACCGACGCAUUCUACAGGGAAAUCAGUUAUUCCGCGAGGCCAUGGCUCAGCUGGAGAACCAUCCGUGUGUCCGAGGCCUGUCCUUCACAUCCUUCCUCAUCCUCCCCUUCCAGAGGAUCACACGACUCAAAAUGCUGGUCCAGAACAUUCUGAAGAAGGCAGAGGAGAAUUCAGAGAUUGAGGCUAAUGCUAUCAAGGCUCACCAGCAGCUGGAGCAGAUUGUGAAGGAGUGCAACGAGGGUGUGAGGAAGAUGAGUCGUACAGAGGAACUCAUCAGCAUUGAGAAAACACUGGAGUUCAAGUCUAAGUCAGUGCCGGUGAUCUCUCACUCCCGCUGGCUGCUGAAGAAGGGUGAGGUGCAGCAGAUGGCUGGGCCCAAGAGCACUAGGACCAUGCGGAGCAAGAAGCUCCACCACCCUGUCUACCUGUUCCUCUUCAACAACCUGCUGCUCAUCACCAAGCGCAACUCCAGUGGUGAGAAGUACCAGGUGCUGGACUCGAGCACGCGGGCCAUGCUGAGAACUGAGGACCUGGAAGACCAGGGUCAGAUGCUGGCCAAUGUGUUCAACCUGAAACUCCUGGAGAACCAGGAGGAGAGGCCUGUCAACUACAUGCUCAAGACCUCCAGCAUGAGUGAUAAGCUGCGGUGGAUAUGUGCUCUCACGCCAAAUCGCCGCACACGAUUCAUGUCCACCAGUGCCCAUCAACCAGCUUCUCCCCAGGUCCAGUGUAUUCAGUCGUACUCUUCUCAGGAGCCAGAUGAGCUGUCCAUUGAGAUGGCUGACUUGCUGAACAUCCUGGAGAGGACAGACGAUGGCUGGAUGAUGGGUGAGAGGCUCCAUGAUGGAGAGAGGGGCUGGUUCCCCUGUCGGGUGGUAGAAGAGAUCCAGAACCAGGAAGUGCGGGCCCAGAACCUCAGGGAGUGCCAGAGGAUCCACCUGGCCCAUGGAGGGGGUGCUUCCUCAGGGGCCAGACUGGGCUCCAGGGGGGCCAGACGCACCCCCAAAACACCCAAAGUCUCCAACUUCUUCGGUACCUGGACUGACCAGUCAGAGGAGGAGCAGGGAAGCACAUAAUAUUCCACUCUGAAAGUGAUUGGUUGGAACCCCCUGGCAGUAAUCUUUACUGGGCCACAUGGAUCAAAUGAAAGAGAUCAUGUGAUUUCAGCAUGGGAUUGCAUUGGAGGAAAGUGAUGCAAUGACAUUAUUUCCUGUUAACUGUUUCCCCUUCUCCGGUGGUUUUACUGUGCCAGGGUUUAGGGUCCCAGGCUGCAGGUUUUAGGGUUCCAGGCUCCCAUGAUCAGAGCACUUCUUCCAUAACUCAAACACUGUGUGUCUUCCACUACUUCCAGUGGAACGAUUCAGUACUAACAGUCUAACUGAAACAAGGCUCCGGUGGAACAGGAGCUAUGCAUCUGAUGGGAGAAGAUAACCACAGAAACAGUUCUCAAGGGGAUGUGAAUGUAUCGUAACCUUGCCUCAGCUGCAUGGGUGUGAUUUUGUUCUUUCAUUUUUUUUUUUGAAGCACCUUUGCUUGAGAGUUAAAUCCCCCAGAACAAUGGCUUGGCGAUCCACCCUUUUGUAAAGAGCAACUCCUCUAUUGAAACCAUUCAAGAAGCAAGUUUUAAAAACAGGCGAGCAGCAUUGAAUGUAAAUUAUCCAUGAAUGAUUCUGUAUAGUAAAUAGAACAAUCACAUGACUGGGCGCUCAGUAUUGGGCUGGAGGCGAAGACUAGCACUACAGAAUCACAGGCCUUGCUUACACAGUGGACGUGUUCUGGGGGUCAGUUCCCUCGCCAAUACUGAUAUGCCACUUACACAUCACGCACGCGCACACACAAAAACACUUGGGGGAAAUCCAGCACAACCUGUCCAACACCAAAAACCCUCCAGACACGUGGUCCUGAAGCAUCUGCACAGAAUGUGCCAGCACACUGACAGAACUGCAAUGGCAUGCGAGUGACAACACGUGUGUGUAUGAGUACAGUAUGUGUAUAUAUUGUAAGCCUUGAAUGUUCAAUAUGUGAUGAAAUAAUUACUCAAUAAUUGUGUCAUUUCAUUAUGCAAGAAGUAAUUUAUUGUUAAUAAAAAUUUAAUGUGAAAUUCAAAUGGACAUUAUUUGUGUUUAACUGUUUCGACUGGUAUUUAGCCCACGUGUUGAGCACUGUUUUUAGGUGUAUCUCUGAAUGACUUCCUUCCUGGUAAUGUGGAGAAAUGUUUUACCCUGAAUAAAGGUUAUCAGGUGGUGAAUCAGAA